AUGUUGGACGAGCUAGACAACGUCUUUGACGACCACCCGUCGCUAGAUGCGUCGCUCGAAGACUUUGAAAAUAACAGCAAUGCGCACCGCUCCCCACUGUUCGGCAUGCCAUCGCAGCACUCAGGGUUCCGUUCCGAAGAAUCCGAUGGUGAGAUCGAUGAACCAGGUCCCCACGAGCGCUGGUCACCUCCAGGCUUGCGACAACAUGAUUAUGUCCAAGGGAGCGGCUGGUAUCGUCAUCAGCCCUAUCGGCGCAAAGGCAAUUUCAAUCAGCGCCCAGAGCUCCGACCUACCAUAGGUCUAAGCAUGUCGCCGUCGCUAUCGCGCGAGCCAAGUCCACAGUAUGAAGAUGCGCUCGAGGAUACAAGUAAAGUGAAGACAAAUGAUGAUUUCGACCCGGCCGAUAUCACAGCCGCAGCCAAUGUGCCCUUACCGAUGGGCGCAGGAACCCCGCAAACAGGACGAUCACCUAGUCCCUGUCCGCCGCCGAAUACGACGGCGCAAACCGGCGCAGAGGAUGAUAGAACAGGAUUUGGAACAGAGAACUUGAACAUGGAAACACUAACUUGUUCUUGCGCAUGGCCUGAAGAUAUCCGUUUUGCAGUGCGCGCAGAAGUCCAACAUCGUGAACCCAUCGCAGCGAUAUACGGAUACCUGCGCAAUAGUUUUGAUCGCCUCACAAGCUCCAAAUCCAAUACCACGCUGUCAAUUCUCACAUUCUUCCUCUCGAUUGUGCUCAUGCGCGCCUUGUUCCUACCUGGCCUACCACAAGCAAUUCCCGACCUCGUGAAGCUUUCUGGAUUUGCACGCUCCUUCGAGCCAUUGAUCUACUACUCUGAAAAUGGCGUUCAACAAAUCGGCACCCUCCAAGAGACAGGAGUAGCAGUUUGGGACUUGAGCGAGUCAGUGCGUGGCACAAACAUGACCAGCGCGCCAAUAAUCGUGCGCCAGCUCGAUGAACUAUCAGACUCAUUAAAGUCUCUCUCCUUAGAGCUGACUCGGUUCUUCGCCAACGUCGACUCAGAUAUCGAUUCAAUCCUCAUAGUUAUGGACUGGGCCAAACGCGAACUAGAACUCCUAUCAGCACAACCACCGAGUACCCUACCAACAAUCGUGUUCGAUAAUGUGCAUACCAUGCUCUCACGACUCGGCGCCCUAGAACGAACCGGUGAAGUAUCAGACGGCAGUGUCUCCGCCACAGCCACGACAACCACAGCACUUGGGCAUCUCGUCCUAGCCGUCCUAGGCCCAACAUCUGCUCAACGCACCCGUUCAACCAUAACCCGAACAUUCACCGAGUUCCUCUCCGUACUCGAAGAGUCCAUUAACAGCGAAUUAACGCACUCAACCGCCCUCUUCGCCCUAUUCGAAUCAAUCGAUCGCCAAUUCCUCAACCUUCAACGAACCGUCGUCCGAGAAUCUGAUGCCCAAGAGCGAGCAGAAGGCGAAAUGCUCAGUUCACUCUGGACCCGCGUCCUUGGACCCGACGCAGCCGCCGUCCGCAAAUACGAAAAGAACAAGCGUCUCCUCGCCAAUGUUCGAAGUCGCACGGUCGCGAACAAGCAUCUCCUCGUCGACCACCGCGGCCGCCUCUUAACAUUAAAGGUGAAUCUAGAAACCCUACGCCGAAGACUCGUUAGCCCGCUCGUUCGUCGAAAUGACUCCGUCAGCUUCAUGGGUGUAGAUGGAAGUUCGAGUUCACCUCACAGCUCUGGCGCUGCGGGUCGGAUGCUUGGACCCGUCGAGUCUGUAAUUGAUGGGCAGAUUCGUGGAUUGGAGGGUACAUACGAUUAUCUACGAUCUGUUCGUGAACGACAGAAAGCCAAACUUAUGGAGAUGGUGUAUGGGUCUGGUCGAAAACAGCCACAAUCUAUGUUUGGCGGACUAGAUGGACAAGAUGACAUUGGUAUUGAGGGCGCAUAA